AUGGUGGACAAGUCUUGGGUGCAUUUAUGCAGAGUUGACUCUGCAUACGAGUGUGGUGCUCGAGGUUUUGUUAACACAGUUAGUGAAAAGUUAGGAGUCAGUGGGAAGAUAAUUUGCCCAUGUGCAUGUUGCCGCAACUUAGAACGCAAGACAUGCGACGAGGUUGUGUCUCAUUUGGUUAUUAACGGGAUGGAUGAAGCUUACAAGAGACAGUCUGAUUGGUUUCACCAUGGAGAGGAUAGAUCGGUUGCUAUGUCAGUAGGUCAAGAUAGAGUGUGGAAUUCUGAAAUUGUUGGUUUAUACGAAGCUGCGAACUGUCUAGAUGAAGAAUUAGCUAGUAAGGGUUUAGAUCUAGGUGAACUCGCUGAGGGAGAGGACAAGAAGGAAGAUGAGUUUUUAGCAAAGCUUGCUGAAGCCGAGAGGCCAUUGUAUCCUACGUGUGUGAGCCAUAGCAAGCUGUCAGCCAUAGUGUCCUUGUUCAGGAUCAAGACUCAGAAUGGUUGGUCGGACAAGAGCUUCAACGACUUACUUGAGACUUUGCCGCACAUGUUGCCUCAAGACAAUGUACUGCAUACAUCCACUUACGACGUGAAGAAGUUUCUGAAGACAUUUGAUAUGGGAUAUCAAAAGAUUCAUGCGUGUCCAAACGACUGUUGUCUCUUCCGAAAGAAGCUCAAGAAAGUAGACACUUGUCCGAAAUGCAAGGCCUCGAGAUGGAAGAUCAAUACACACACGGGUGAAGUGAGGAAGGGUGUUCCACAGAAGGUGUUAAGAUGGCAUUUCUCAGGCAAGAGCACAGAUGGGAAGUUGCGGCAUCCUGUUGACUCUGCGACUUGGUCUUCCAUGGAUGCUAAAUAUCCAUCUUUCGCAGCUGAGCAAAGGAACUUGAGGCUUGGUCUUUCUACUGAUGGGUUUAAUCCCUUUAGCAUGAAGAGCAGUAGAUACUCUAGUUGGCCAGUCUUGCUGGUGAACUACAACAUGGCGCCGGACCAAUGCAUGAAAGAAGAGAACAUUAUGCUAAGUCUGCUCAUUCCUGGACCGCAUCAACCAGGUAAUAGCAUAGAUGUUUACUUGGAACCCCUGAUAGAAGAUCUGAUUAAGUUGUGGAAUUUCGGGGAGUUAACUUUCGAUGCUAUUAGUAAAACAACCUUCACUCUUAGAGCAAUGCUUCUGUGGACUAUUAGUGACUUCCCAGCGUACGGGAAUCUGGCGGGUUGUAAGGAGCUGCCUGUGAGACACAACAUAGAUGUCAUGCAUGUCGAAAAGAAUGUGGCUUCUAGCUUAAUCGCUACAUUGCUACACUGUGGUAACUCAAAGGAUGGUCUCAAAGCCAGAAAGGAUCUCGAGACUCUUGGUAUCAGAUUGGAUUUACAUCCAAAAGCUCAAGGGAAAAGGACUUUGCUUCCUGCAGCUCCAUGGUCUUUGUCCAAGGCAGAGAAAAAAACAUUUUGCAAGCGGUUAUUUGACUUCCAAGGUCCAGACGGUUAUUGUUCCAACAUAUCUAACUGCGUAGCAUUAGACGAGUGUAAGGUGAUGGGUCUGAAGUCACAUGACUACCAUGUCCUGAUGCAGCAGCUACUGCCAGUUGCGAUUAGAGGUUUAUUGCCUAAGGGUCCACGGUUAUCAAUUUUCAGGCUAAGCGCUUUCUUCAGCCUUCUUUGUCAACGAGUUAUUGAUGUGCAUCAGCUACAAGUUAUGGAAACAGAGAUUGUAGAGACUCUAUGCAUGUUUGAAAGGUUUUUGCCGCCUAGCUUCUUUGAUAUCAUGAUUCACUUGUGUGUCCAUCUGGCAAGAGAAGCCCGUCUAGGUGGACCAGUACAUUUCAGGUGGAUGUAUCCGUUUGAGAGGUACAUGAAAGUGUUGAAAGAUUACGUAAGAAACCCAUCUAGACCAGAGGGAUGUAUAGCGGAGUCUUAUCUAGCAGAGGAAUGCAUGAAGUUUUGCUCAAAUUUCUUGAAGAAGACCACAAAUGUGGAGGAAAAAGACGACAGAAACACAGAGUAUGAGAACAAGACUAUCCUAGAAGGAAGACCAAUAUCAGCUGCCAAGUCAUUCACGCUCAGUGAGUCAGACAUGAAAAUUGCUCAUUUGGCGAUACCUCUUGAUAUGGAAGAGAAGGAUGAGACUCUUAGGUGGUUGGCUUACGGUCCACGGAGAAUAGCCAGAUCUUACACAGGCUACAUUGUUAAUGGCUUGCGGUUUCAUACAAACUCGGUGCAUAGACUUAGUCAGAAUAGUGGGGUCUAUUAUGAGGCAACAGCGAUGUGUAGAUCUAGUGCUAUAGACACAGCUCAAGUGGUUGAUUUGGUGUCGUAUUAUGGCAGGGUAGAAGAUGGGUUUACACUGGUUAACAUGAAUCAGAGUCAAGUAUCGUUUGCCAAGGAUCCGUUUAUUUUAGCUUCUCAAGCUAGGCAGAUAUUUUACUCUAGGGAAAACGAUGAAUCCAGUUGGUAUGUGGUUAUGAGAGGUCCAUCUAGGAGAUACAGUGAUGAGAAUGUAGAAGAUGGAAAUACUGAUGUUGGACCAUUACCUUCCAAUGUGGACAUGGGUCUAGAAGACUUGGAAGAUGAGGCUCCUAUGGUCAGAGAUGAUUGUGAAGGAAUAUAUGUGUGA